UUUAUCCCGGCCAGAGCAAUCGGCCUGGCAAAAGCUUCAGGGAGAAUUUGAAAUCGCAUCCAGACUUUGCCACCUCACAUCGUCUACUAAUUCCAUGCUCUAUUGACUUGGCCCACUAACGUUCAACCUAUGUCAAAUGACGUUCUGCGAUCGAUCCCCCACACCUGCCUUAGUCCCAACAAAAAUGGCGAUGCAUCGUGUACUUAGGCCCAGAGGCCCAGUCACUAUUUUUAUGUCCGGCAUCAAAUGACUAACAAAGUCACCUGGAAGGGAAAUGAUCAUGCUACUAGAUGCGGACAAUGGCGUGCGUGCUUAACAGUUGCCACUAUCACCUAAAAGCGAUCAAGUAUAAAGCAUUAAGACGUCUGGAUGAGAUGGUAUGUCUGUACAGAAUUCUUCUCUUGCUGCCACUCGCAGACUGCAUGCCUCCCAGCCCCCCUGUGAGCUUCUGACAUUAUCUUUUUCAACGAUUUGUGCCAUUAGUUUCCGAGAACGUCAAGUCUGUCAUGUGGCUGCCCCAGCUCCUCACUUGGGCCAUAGGCCUUGGCCAGAUACCAAAUGUGCUGGCCUCUCCUUUCCGGGUGCAAGAAGCUGGUGCCGUAAUGGCUGUCAAUUCUGACUUUCCAGAUCCAAGCUUUGUACAAGCACCGGACGGCACAUGGUAUGCCUUUGGUACUAAUGGAAAUGGGAAGCGUGUCCAGGUGGCUUCAUCUUCGGACUUCAAGACAUGGAAUCUCCUUGACAAAGAAGCUUUGCCUACACUUGCGGAUUGGGAGACCGAAAUAGACCACUGGGCGCCGGAUGUGAUAAGACGGAAUGAUGGCAAGUACGUCAUGUACUACUCGGGAGAGGCCAAGCAGGAGGUGAGGCACCAUUGUGUUGGCGUUGCUGUCUCUGAGGGUACCGAUCCUACAGGGCCUUACGUCCCUAACGAGACACCUCUGUCAUGCCGCCUAGACCAGGGUGGCUCGAUUGACCCGGCGGGCUUCCUAGACAAGGAUGGCAGCCGAUAUGUGGUGUUCAAAGUCGACGGCAAUAGCAAAGGAAACGGCGGUGACUGUAACAAUGGUAUCGCCCCCCUCAAACCGACCCCUAUUCUUUUGCAGAAAGUGGCAGAGGAUGGUUUCACUCCCAUUGGUGAUGCUGUCCAAAUCCUUGAUCGUGAUGAAACAGAUGGACCACUAGUCGAGGCCCCUAAUCUGAUCUUACAUGGAGAUACAUACUUCCUCUUUUACUCCACACAUUGCUUUACGGAUCCCUUGUACGACGUUCGUUAUGCAACCUCGAAGUCUAUCACAGGGCCCUAUGUCAAGAACGGGAAGAAACUACUCAAAACUGGUGACUAUGGCCUUACUUCUCCUGGUGGUGGUACAGUCUGCGGCUGCGGUGAUAGGAUGCUGUUCCACGGCUUCUGUCGAGACAACACAAGGUGUACAUAUGCUGCCCGCGUUGACAUAACAGGCGAUCAGGUAACCCUGCUAUAAUUCCAACAAUUUAUCGAUUCGUGCUCUGUAUUAGAUUGGAAGAGUUGUCGGGCCUCGGUUUCACUGCACAUUACUUUAUACGGCUAGCCCGUCAUUUUCACUCUGUUUGUCUUUGUCUUUGACUUGAACCUAUCCUCAUCGUUCCCUCAGAUCCAACACGCAAGAACAGCUUUAGGGCUCAUUCUAGAGCUUGUGUUGACAUCACUUGGUA